AACUGAGUUCCGCUCAGCCCGGCCAAUCGUGUUGCGCUGUGGUUCAGCAGCACCAUUGCAGUGUGGAGAGAUCAUACGGAGGUGCUGCUCGCUAAGAGAGGGAGCAUUUGGAGGAAAGAUACUCGACCUGGGUGACCGCUCUAGAAAAACACCAACCCUGCUUCCCCGACACAGUCACCGGGUGACAUUGCCAUCACCAGCUUCAGUCCGGGUGACCGUCAGUGAGUGACAGAUGUGUGACAGUGCGGAGAACCAUUUGCCUCUCCCAGUGGAGAUCUGAGUUCUGGGAUACUGAGGCAGCCGAGGGGGGGUCUCUGAGGAAGAUGCUGGGUUCAGAGCGCGGCGUUGUCGAAGAAUGGCUCUCAGAAUUCAAGUCCUUACCAGAAACCCACAUCCCCAGCUACGCCGGCAGCCUUCAUCUAAAGAAGUCCCUGGUGCCGGCACUCUACAGAGUCAUUCAGGACCCCAACAAUGAGCUGCUGGAGCCUGUUUGCCACCAGCUAUUCGAGCUGUACCGGAGCUCCGAAGACCGCCUGCGACGUUUCACCCUGCAGUUCCUGCCUGAGCUGGUGUGGGUAUAUCUGCGUGUCACAGCCAGCAGGGAUCGCCAGAGCAAUGGCUGCAUUGAGGCCCUCCUGUUGGGCAUCUAUAACCUGGAGAUCGUGGACAAAGACGGCAACAGCAAACUCCUGUCCUUCACAAUCCCAUCUCUGUCCAAGCCAUCGAUAUAUCACGAGCCUUCUAGUCUGGGGUCCAUAGCACUGACGGAGGGUGCUCUGUGUCAACAUGACCUGAUCAGAGUGGUGUACAGCGGCCUCCACCCUCAGAGAGAGACCUUCACAGCUCAGAACAGGUUUGAAGUGCUGUGUUUCCUCAUGCUGUGCUACAACUCUGCCGUGGUCUACAUGCCCCUUUCUUCCUAUCAGUCAGUCUGCAGAAUGAGCUCACGGUUGUGUGUAUGUGGCUUCCCCCGGCAGCAGCAGAAGCUUUGGAGGGAACCAUGCAACCGAGUGCUGCUAGACCCCGAGUUCAUGGUGCAGAUGCUGACUGCAGUUUAUCACGCCAUAUACAAUGGAGAGUGGGAGAUGGGGCGGGAAGCUCUGGAGGACAUUCUGUACAGAGCUCAGCUGGAGCUUUACUCCCAGCCUCUCCUGCUUGGGAAUGCCAUGAAGAACUCGCUGCCAGAAAGUGCCCCCGAUGAACCGCGGGGGCGCAAGGUGCUCCAGGUGGAGGUGACGCCCACCAUUAGCCGCAUCUCCAUCUCAGCCAUCACCACCGCCUCCAUACGGCGCCACCGCUGGAAAAGAGAGGAUUGUUUUGACUACUCAACCGAUGCAGAGUUGAGCCUCACCGUCAAUCCUCCUAGCCUCGCCCAGCACCACCACCACAACAAUCCCUGGGACGCUGCAGCCAAAGAGGAAAGAGGAGGGCGGGCUCACAGCCACCACAGCAGCAGCAGCAGCAGCAUCAUUCCCCCCAUCACACUUGAGGAUGCUGAUGGUAUGAGCGGCGGGGAGGAUUCCUUCAACGUCAAUGACCCAGACGAGGGUUUCUCCUCCGGGGCAUCCAACAGCAGCCAGCCCAGCGGCACCAAGGCGGGCGGCAGCAUGGGGCCGAGGGGCGGCAGCCUGAACAGCAGCAGCAGCAGCAUCAAGAAAGCCAUCACUGCCCGGCUGUCUCGGGACAGGGAGAGAGAGAGAGAGCGGGAGAAGGAGAGGGAGCGAGAGAGGGCAGCGGAAAAGCAGGCAGAAUUAUCUGCAGAUCACCAGGCUGCCGUGAGGAGGCAUCACCAGAGGCAGCAGUCGCCUCCAGCCAGCAUCACCUUAGAUGCCAUCCAGCUGAGCCCCAUAAAGAAGCACCUGAGCUUCCCUGUGGGGCCCACGCUGGUGCGGACUGGCAGCACCUCCUCCAGCAAGUCCUUUGACUGCAUGAAUUUCAACCUGAACGGAGGCGAGGACGAGCGAGAGGAGGUGUUGGGUGGCUCCGACAAGGAAGGGGGGCUUCCAGCUGGCGGCUCCCACCGCCACUCCACCAUUAGCCUGCAGGAGGAGCACCUCAUCAGGCCAGAGGACGCCCAGGACCUCCUGUCUCCUGGAGCUCCUCUCACCAAGCAGUCCCGCUCCCCCAGCUUCAACAUGCAGAUCAUAUCACAGGUCUAACAUGCAGUGCAGGGCAUGGUAGACACACACACACGCACAUGCACACUCAAACAAACACACACACAGUCAAACAAACACACACACACACAAAAUACUUACUCAUAACACACACCCUCAUGCAGAUUUUCUCUGCGACUCUUCUCAGCCCUACUCUGACAACUUCUGUCUACCUAUCUGUGUUGGUGUGUGUGGGUGUGUGGGUGUGCAUGCGUGCGUGCAUGUAUGUGUGUGUGUGUG